AUGCCGACCUUUCCUCUUCACUUCCUGUUGAUGGUGGUGUCCCUCCCCAUUGUCGUGGCGAUGCCUGAGCCCAUCUCCCUGGACAGCUGGGAGCCCCCCGUCCAUCCUCCUCCUACGGUCUCCUACCCACCCAUGGAUGGCCCCGGACGCAGUUUUCAUGCUCAGGGAGACAAUAUAACGGAGCCGCCAGCCGGGGCCAUGGAAGCCUACUGUCAGAUGCUGCUGCAGGGCCCGGUGCCCGUCCCCUCAGACCAGAUCCCCUGGUUCUGCCUCUGCACACGCUGCCAGAGCACCCAGGGGCCCAAAGGAGACCGCGGAGACCGGGGACUGCCAGGUAGUCCUGGUAGUCCUGGAAGAAGGGGGUUGACAGGGUUCAGAGGCCCUCCAGGUUAUGUGGGCAGACCAGGGAUAAAAGGACAGAAAGGAGAUGAGGGUGAGAAGGGACAGCGAGGACCCCCGGGACUGGUGGGACCCAAAGGAGGCCAAGGGUUCAAAGGUGACAAAGGUGAUCAAGGUAUGGAGGGUCGCCCAGGGUCUCAGGGUCCUAAAGGAGAUGACGGAGUCUGUCCAGAAGCCUGUGAGUCCAGCCAGGGCCCACCAGGAAUCCCAGGUCUACCUGGCCCUGCAGGACUCAGAGGUCUGCCUGGUACUUCAGGGAUGUCAGGGCCGAAAGGCACUAAGGGUGAUAUGGGUGAUCUGGGUCACCCUGGUACCCCUGGAUCUGUAGGUGAGAAGGGGGAACCAGGGCCCCAGGGGGAGUGUAACUGUACAGAUGGAGUAGAUGGGAGUUCAGGGCAGAAAGGAGACAAGGGGGACAAGGGGGACCAGGGAAAGACAGGGCCUGCAGGGCAAAGGGGCCUACAGGGGGAUAUGGGAGACCCCGGGCCAAUUGGGAUAAUGGGUCCUCCUGGUCCCUGCAUGCCCAGUAUCCAGUCAGCAUUUUCUGCAGGGCUGGCAGCCAGUUACCCCCCACCCAACACCCCCGUGGUCUUUUCCUAUGUUCUCUACAAUGUCCAGGGGAGUUACGACCCCACCACUGGUCUCUACACUGCCCCAAUCAACGGCACCUACGUCUUCAGCUACCACCUCACCGUCCAUGAACGGGUCCUCAAAGUUGGCCUCUUUCAUAAUUUCGUGCCAGUUGUUAAAACCACAGACCCCAAAGUGUUAGGGACCACCUCGCAUUCAGUCAUCCUUUACCUGGCCCGAGGGGACAGGGUGUGGAUUCAGGUGAAGGAUUCAGUCACUAAUGGCAUGUACGCCGGUACUGAGGCCAGCAGCACCUUCUCUGGCUUCUUGCUCCACCCAGAUACAUGUGAUAUGGCCUUAGUUAGAGCCUCCAUGCCCCAAAUGACGCUACCUGAGGGCGGGUACACUUGGGGAGACAUACCUGAGUCCACCUCACCUGCUGGUGGAGGAUCCAACUAA